AUGGGCACUCGCCGCCGCGGCGGCCUGCUCCACCGCCUCCUCGCCCUCUCGUCGCUGCUGCUCCUCGCUUCCGGUGAGGUCAUCUUCGAGGAGCGCUUCGAAGAUGGCUGGGAGACUCGGUGGGUAGAAUCCGAUUGGAAAAGGAGUGAAGGGAAAGCUGGAAGGUUCAAGCACACAGCGGGAAGAUACUCUGCAGAUCCUGAUGACAAAGGAAUACAAACAACAAUGGAUGCUAGACAUUUUGCUAUCUCAGCCAAGUUCCCACAAUUCAGUAACAAGAACCGGACACUUGUGGUCCAGUACUCCAUUAAGUUUGAGCAGGAUAUUGAAUGUGGUGGUGGCUAUAUUAAGCUUAUGUCUGGUUAUGUCAACCAGAAAAAAUUUAGUGGGGACACUCCAUACAGCUUGAUGUUUGGGCCAGAUAUAUGUGGUACUCAAACAAAGAAGCUCCAUCUUAUACUCUCUUACCAGGGGCAGAACUAUCCCAUCAAGAAAGAUCUAGAAUGUGAGACGGACAAGUUAACACAUUUCUACACUUUCAUUCUUAGGCCUGACGCGUCUUAUAGCCUACUUGUUGACAACCGUGAAAGAGAAACUGGGAGCAUGUACACUGAUUGGGAUAUCCUCCCUCCUCGUAAAAUUAAGGAUGUUCACGCCAAAAGGCCUAAGGAUUGGGAUGACAGAGAAUAUAUCGAAGAUCCUGAUGAAGUAAAGCCAGAGGGCUAUGAUUCUAUCCCAAAACAGAUUCCUGAUCCGAAGGCCAAAAAGCCUGACACAUGGGAUGAGGACGAGGAUGGAAUAUGGAAGCCCAGGAUGGUAUCAAAUCCAGCAUACAAGGGACCAUGGAAACGCAAGAGAAUUAAAAAUCCUAACUACAAGGGUAAAUGGAAGACCCCAUGGAUCGAUAAUCCAGAGUUUGAGGAUGAUCCAGAUCUUUAUGUGCUGAAGCCUUUGAAGUAUAUUGGAAUUGAAGUUUGGCAGGUAAAAGCUGGUUCAGUUUUCGACAACAUUCUGAUUUGUGAUGACCCUGAGUAUGCAAGAAAGGUUGUUGAGGAAACUUGGGGUGCUAAUAGGGAGGCUGAAAAGGAGGCUUUUGAAGAAGCUGAAAAGGAGAGGAAAGCUAGGGAGGAUAGGGAAGGUCAAAAGGCAAAGGAUGAUGGUGACCGGCGCCGAAGGCGUCAUAAAAAACACUACAGAGAUCACUGGGAUGACUACCAUGAUGAGCUAUGA